AUGCCUGUCUCUGAGUUCUAUGCUGGGGAGCCACCCCUUAAGUACAGUUUCAUGGACGACUAUAGCGAAGGAGCGCAUCCCCAAAUCCUCGACUCUCUCCUACGUAAUAAUCGCACGCAACAAACAUCGUACGGAAAAGACGACUUCUGUGAGCAAGCGCGAAAAUCGAUCAGACAACAUCUUGGUUGCAGCGAGAGCGAAGUCUCAAUUCAUUUUGUGCCCAGUGGAACUUCAGCGAAUCUUAUUUCGAUAUCCAGCUGUCUUCGCCCCUUUGAAGCUGUUAUUGCUGUGGAUUCUGGUCAUAUCGUGAGCAAAGAAGCCGGGGCAAUCGAGGCGACUGGGCACAAGAUAAUUCAGGUGCCGGCGGUGAAUGGGAAAAUGACACCAGAGACCCUUGAAAAGGGGUUUAGACAAAACCAAUUUGCUCCCCACAUGGCAAAGCCUCGUCUUGUAUACAUCUCCAACGCCUCCGAAAUUGGUACAGUGUACACCAAGUCAGAACUGUGCCAGAUUUCAGAAACGUGCCGGAAGCUUGGACUUUUAUUAUUUAUGGACGGUGCCCGGAUUGGGGCCGCUUUGUCGUCGCACAAGAAUGACAUGGCCUGGCGAGAUAUUGUAGACUUUACCGACAUAUUCUGGAUUGGUGGCACAAAACUAGGGGCUUUGUUGGGGGAGGCCAUCGUCAUCAAGAAUACACAAAUUGCGCAGGACUUUAUUUAUCACCUCAAGCAGCAUGGUGCCUUACUCGCCAAGGGACGAGUGAUAGGUAUUCAAUUCUUAGAGUUGUUCGGCUCUAAUUUAUUUCUUGAAUUGGGAUCGCAUGCAAAUGCCAUGGCGCUGCGGAUAUCAACUCUUCUAACUGAGCUCGGAUUUAUGCUCAGUGCUGAGACAGAAACAAACCAAGUUUUCGUGAAGCUUCCUCUGGCUUUAGUGGACCACUUGCAGAGCAGAUUUCAUUUUUAUAUCUGGGAGGAAACCGGAGACGGGCAUGCAGUGGUGAGGUUUGUUACAUCUUGGGCUACUGAAGCCAUGCAAGUUGACAAGCUCAAUGCGUACAUAAAACAGGGGCUAGUUUUAAUGUAG